CCGUUUGGUCGAAUCAGGUUUUAAAGUUCUGUCCGGUGCGCGCUCUUGCUUCAGACGAAAUAGCCGGGCCGUAGGAGGUGAGAACAACCCGCCUCAGCAGCACCGACACCAGGCUCCACGUUUGUUUCAGGCACCGGAGAAAGUAGCAGCAUGUCUGAGGAGAAGCCAAAGGAAGGAGUGAAGACGGAGAACGACCACAUCAACCUGAAGGUAGCAGGUCAGGAUGGAUCAGUGGUCCAGUUCAAGAUCAAGAGGCACACUCCGCUCAGUAAACUCAUGAAGGCGUACUGCGAAAGACAGGGGCUUUCAAUUCGUCAGAUAAGGUUUAGGUUUGAUGGACAGCCGAUCAAUGAAACAGACACACCUGCACAGCUGGAGAUGGAAGAUGAGGACACUAUUGAUGUAUUUCAGCAACAAACAGGAGGAGUCUACUAAGUGGCAUUUGGACUAUUGAUGUAAUGUCAGAUUUUGUUCAUGAUGUAUUGUUUAUUUCUACAAGUUAAGUUUUUUUUUUCCUUUUCUGUGCUUGGCUUAAGGCCAGGCUCAUGUUUUUUGGCAGACAUUCAGGGGCUGGGGGGCAGGGCAAUCCUAAGUCUGAAGUAAUGCAGGGGAGCCCUUUUAAAAGUGUUUUAUUCUCCUAAAUGAACUAUUUGUCUGAAGCUGGGGCUUACCUCAGAUCAGACAUCUUGUAAAUGGAGGGAUUGUGUGACAAGAUGUGCUCGAAACUCUUGAAUCAUAAGCCUUAUUCUGUCUCUCAAUUUAUAAGCAUUUAGACUUAAAACGGGUUCAAAUAUUUUAAUUGACGUACUGGUUAAGAUAUUGUGUGAAAUUCUCCUCUGCUUGAGGCUGAUUCUGAUGUCUGGUAGCAUUUUUACAACCAUGUAACAUAUUUAACAUAAACAGGAGAAAAUCUUGUGCAACAAAGGGUUAAAUAUCCAUAUUAUAUUUAAAGCCAAUCUAAAUAGUGUUGUAUGGUUUGCAGGACCAAAAAUGUGGAUCUCUAAGGUUUGUAGAUGUAUAAGUUACUGUACAUUGUUAGUUCCUUAGUCGUACGUAGGGAAAACUGUUUCCUUCGCUUGUAAAUGGACUUUGUCACAGAGUGGAAAAACAGCUCACCUUUUUGGUCCAUCACAGUCGCAUUGGUAUACAUCCAAAGUCAUGCAAACUGUCUUGACAAUUUUUGAAUAGGUUUGUAAAAAGUUCAUCACAUCUUUUCUUUUUUUUUUUUUCUUUUUUUUUUUUGUUAGCUGCUUUUUGUUUGAUUACUGGGAUUUUUGUUGUUUGUUUUUUGUUUUUCCUUUUUGUUACUUUGAGAAUGUCCUUCGGUGUUCUAAAUUUAACUUUUAAGAGCAAGUAGGGACAUUGGCUUUUCUUCACCAUUUGUACAUUAUUUGUCCCUGUUCUGUGUACAAUAAAUAUAGUUUGAUACCUCUUGAA